ACUAACAUGGCGACAUCACCGGUCCACUUCAGCAUUUUCCACAAAACAAACCCACCACAGGUGACGAGAUGCACAGUGUGCUGUGUGCAUUUUCACUGCCCCCUUUGUCCUGCUGGCAUGUACAAGCCUCGGUCAAAGGCCGUAGUUUUGCAGCACUUGGAGGUGCAUAAGAAAAAUGCACUCCAACAUGAAGAUUUCUACAUUACAAAAUGUCAUCAUGCCUGCAGGACAGGAAAGAGUGGCCAUUUCCACUGCCCUUUCUGCAGUAGAACUACAGUCAAGAAACAGGAUGCAGAGAGGCACUUGAACAUCUGCUGGCCACUGUCUGUAGUGGUAGAAGAGAAACCACAGAUAAAGACAACACCAAGUGAUCCCAUCCCUGACAAACAGGAGAAUGCAUCUACUGGCUACUGCACGAAAGUACCUGAAUCGCCUUUGCCAAGCAACCCUCCGCGCAGAGUGUGCCGAGCAAAACAGACGUUAUUCAACAAUGUAACUAAGAAGCGAGAAGACUACCUUGAGUGGCCAGAGUACUUCAUGGCUGUAGCCUUCCUGUCUGCUCAGAGAAGCAAAGACCCAAACUCACAGGUGGGAGCCUGCAUCGUGAACCAAGAGAAUAAGAUUGUUGGCAUUGGAUACAAUGGAAUGCCUAAUGGGUGUGAUGAUGACCUGCUGCCGUGGUCUCGAACUGCUGAUAAUCGACUGGAUACCAAGUAUCCUUAUGUGUGCCACGCAGAGCUGAAUGCCAUCAUGAACAAGAACAGCGCUGAUGUGAAGGGCUGCACCAUGUAUGUGGCUCUGUUCCCCUGCAACGAGUGCACCAAACUCAUCAUCCAAGCAGGUAUAAAAGAAGUGAUCUAUCUUUCUGAUAAAUACCACAACACUGAUGAGAUGAUUGCUUCCAGGAGGCUGCUCAACAUGGCACGCAUUCAGUACAAGCAGUUCAAGCCCAAGAGGACUGAGAUUGUCAUUGAUUUUAAUUCCAUUAACCAGCCUGGAACAUUGAGAAGUGUGACGAGUGAAAACGCAAACGGUCACCUUGGGGCUCAGUGAACGAUGCAGAGGAAGAACGGGGAGACUUUGAUGCCUCUGAUUCUAAACGUCUUCUUGCCCCCCUGCUUUGUCCAAAGGAAAACUGACGGAUACAUUGACUUUGGUGUCUCUUUAAUAUUUUGAUGAACUGGAUAUCCAGCGUAGUUUGAUUCGAUACUUUGCCCUUCACGGCUCAGCAUGAGAAGACGAUCUCUGAGCUACUUUCAUAGUUUUUGUUUGUUUGUUUGUUUUUAGAUGCCUUUUGUGUUUAGGCAAGGUCUCUUAAUACACCCUUUAUUUUUAAUUAUUAAAUUUCAGGAAUUAACCAUCGGUUUGCGCAGGAAGACGUUAUCUUCAAUUUUGCAACAUCCCAUGAUGCCCUGUAGUUCCAGCAGUUUCAGUUUUCUUAGACCAAACUAAGUUCCACACUAAUGCAGAAUGGUUCAGACUUGUACAGCUUCAGCAGGUGUAGUAUUGAACAUGUCGAAGAGGUCAACGUUAUUGUUGGCCGUUAGAUCGGUUUGGAAGCAGUGGUGCUUUUAGGGGGGGCACCUGCACAUUUCGGCUGCUUGCACGUGAUAAACGGUAGUGAGUUGAGUAGUUUGUGUUGUGCUGCAGGGUUUGUGUGAGUGGAGCGGCGUCGUUAAGUCCAGAAGAUGCCGCUCUUCGAAUAUUCUUUAAAAGCACAACAUCGCUGACCGGCUGACAUUUUGCCAUGCACGUUGUGGAGAAUUUAAGAUUAGUUUGGAAUUCUUUGGAUAGUAUAAACACAGUGAGUCAAAAUAAUUGAGGGAGGUUUUUAGUCAGAUCUACACCUAGAGAGUGAUGGCUUAAGUUUCGCUUCUGUAUGCAAGCAUGAUGGUGUGUACAGUGUUCUUAUAGUGUAAAUUUUCAUCUUUAAUUCAGUGGGUUUAAUAAGUGUCAGGAAUUACAGGUUUUUUAUGCACUCUCCAAGUUCAGAGACUUUAGCGAGUUUAAUUAGUCCAGUUACUUAAGUAAUUGGACUAAUUAGAGUAUUAUUCAUUUUCUAUACAUGUUGACUCCAAUCAAGGGUCACGGGGGGCUGGAGCCUAUCCCGGCAAUCAUAUGGCAUGAGGCGGGGUACACCCUGUACAGGACGGCAGUCUGUCGCAGGGCCACAUAUAGACAGACAAACACACUCUCUCACACACACACACCUGUGCACAGUUGAAAGAGUCCAGUUCAUCUAACCAGCAUGUCUUUGGAAGUGGGAGGAAGCCGAAGCACCUGGAGGGAACCCACGUGAACAUGAGGACACAUAGAGUCCACACAGAAAGGACCCGGUGGGAACAGAUCCCACUAUUGAUAUAAGGACAUGUUGAUGUGAUGAUUUUGUUGGUGUCCUUUACAGCACACUGACUCAUGGAAACUCCAGUUGUUAAAGUGAUGACGUGAUAUGUUUAGUUAAAUUGUGAAAUCUUAAUUAGUUUAAGGAUUUGUUCCUCUCUUACACAAGCUUUAUAUUUGUUACUAGUUUAAAUAAUUUUUCUACCUCCUGAUACCACCACCCAAAGAGGAUUAUAAAUGUUGGGAUUUUCUUCAGUUUAUUUUGGUGGAAUGUGCUCUUGUUUUUUUUUUUAUUAUUAUUAUUAUUCCUCAUCUGUGAUCCAUAUUUUCAGUUCAGUCUGAAUACACUAUAGAUCUUUGUAGUGCACAAAGUUCAGACAUAAGUUGCAAGUCAGCAGGUUUCCAGACUUGAAAAUAUUGUGUAAUUGUAUUUGGUGCUGCUUUUUUUUUUA